UCCCUCCCUCUCUCCCCUGCUCGCAGACAUAUAAACAGUAGUCAUACACGCACUGUCCUUCGUAUUCAUUUAUAUCACUUAUUGCAGAGGACAGACAUCCUCCAACUUCCCUCACAUUCACGUUCUUACACCAGAGCAAAGCUCUCGCUCUUUUUCUUCUCUUAUUUAGUAUUUUAUUUUAUUUUUUGAGCUAAAGAUGGGGUGGCUGUUUAUAUCUUUUACCAUGAUGUUCGUCGGCGCUCUCUCUGGCGUUACCUCCUGCCCGCCCUCGGACCGCGCCGCUCUCUUGUCCUUCAAGAACGCACUUAACGAACCAUACUUGGGCAUCUUUGACACUUGGGCAGGCACCGACUGCUGCUCCGGAUGGUACGGAGUCAGCUGUGACCCGACAACUCAGCGAGUCGCGGACGUUAACCUCCGCGGCGAGUCCGAGGACCCCAUUUUCGAAAAAGCAGGCCGCACAGGGUACAUGACCGGCACGAUCUCGCCGGAUAUCUGCAACCUAGACCGCCUCACCAACCUUAUCGUCGCCGACUGGAAGGGAAUCUCCGGUAAGAUCCCCAAGUGCAUCACAUCGAUCUCCUCCCUCCGAAUCUUCGACUUAAUUGGAAACCGGAUAUCCGGCGAUAUUCCUGAAGAUAUCGGAAAACUCCAGCGACUCACGGUCCUCAACCUCGCCGAUAAUGCUAUAUCUGGAAAGAUCCCGGCGUCACUCGUGGGACUCUCCAGGUUGAUGCACCUAGACCUCAGCAACAACCAGAUCUCUGGCGAGAUGCCGGCCGAUUUUGGAAAGCUCGGCAUGCUGAGUCGGGCCCUACUGAGUAGGAACCAGCUCCACGGCUCAAUUCCCGCGUCCAUAUCCAAAAUGUACCGGCUCGCGGACUUGGAUUUGUCCAUGAACCGGAUUUCGGGUUUGAUACCGGAGCAACUGGGGAAAAUGCGGGUACUUUCUACCCUUAAUUUGGACAGUAACUCGCUUUCGGGACAGAUACCACCGGCACUGUUGAGUAACUCUGGAGUGGGUAUACUGAACUUGAGCCGAAACAGUAUUGAGGGUAAUAUACCGGAUGUUUUCGGGUCAAACACGUACUUGAUGGCGCUGGACUUGUCGUACAACAACUUGAAGGGUCCGAUACCGAAGUCGUUAUCGUCGGCGAAGUAUAUCGGGCACAUGGACCUGAGCUACAACCACCUAUGCGGGCCGAUUCCCAUGGGAUCGCCAUUUGAUCACCUUGAAGCCGCCUCUUUUAUGAACAAUGAUUGCUUGUGUGGCAACCCACUCAGGACUUGUUAAUGUUAAUGGUUCGCCCGAUACAGAAACACCUCGUAAUUGUUGUCUAGUGUCUCGCAAUUGUGGUAAGUGAUUUUAUUUUUAUUUUAUUAAGUAAGUGUAAUUUGUUAAGAAGUACUGUCGUAAGGUUCAAUUAUGAUAUUAUAAGCUGAGGUGAGGGGUAAGUAAA